GCCGAGGCUGGGGGAGGGCUACUUUCCUCUCCCCUCCUCUACUCCAGAUAAUCCUUUACUGUUCUCUUCUCACCCCCCUGGCUGACCGGUCGACCUUCAGGAUACUUCAUCUGCAGCCACACACACACACACACAGGCAGCUACUGCUGCGACUGAGUUUCUCACUCUCUCUGUCUCACACACACAGAAAUUCACACAGAAAGGGAUAUAGAGGAGAGAGAAAGAGAGAGAGAGAGACAGAGAGAUAGAGAAAUAGCAAGCAGCCCUUGAGAAUAGGGCUUCACACUUUUUAUUGAGGCCUGGUGACAUGAAGAACUCUACUGGGAUGCAGAACCCCACACCAGUCUGAUUGAAUGGCCCCCUCUGUAGCAGCCAUGACCCCAGAGCAGCUCCUGGACCCGCAGGUAUGCAGUCCUGUAGGUGAAGUGAAGGUCUUGCCUGAGGAGGAACGAGGGGAGGAGUCUGACCCCUGUCCCCAGGAAGUGAUGGACUACUAUGGCCACUCCCCCUCAAUGACUCACAGCCCCAGCACCGACAGUCUUAGCAGUGAGGGGCCAUUCUGUCGUAUCUGCCACGAGGGAGGGGGUGUCGGGGAGCUGCUCUCCCCCUGUGAGUGUGCAGGGACGCUGGCCAUGGUCCACCGGGGCUGCCUGGAACACUGGCUCACUGCCUCCAACAGCAGCCGCUGUGAACUCUGCCACCACCAGUACUCCCUGGAGAGACUGCCCAAGCCACUCACUGAGUGGCUGGGCUCACCAGCCAUGCAGCAUCAGAGACGGACGCUCUGCGGGGACGUCAUCUGCUUCCUCUUCAUCACGCCGCUGGCUAGCCUAUCAGGAUGGCUGUGUGUGCAGGGUGCCAUGGACCUGUAUUUCAGUAACAGUAUGGAGGCUGUUGGACUCAUGGUGCUCACCCUGGCUCUCUUCACCAUCUACUGCUUCUGGACUGUGGUGUCGCUGCGCUAUCACAUCCACCUGUUCAGGACGUGGAAACAGACAGACCAGAGAGUCAGGCUACAGAUCCCCCGACCAGCACGGACCAUGCACACACACCACACACUGAACCUCAGCUUCCUUAGCAAGGACACCAGAAAGGAAACUGUGGUGUAGAUGGAGUGGAACUGGGUGCAGUGUCCACGAUACUUUGGCAAGAAGACUGUGAUGUAGCCAGAAUGGGACUGGGUCUAGUGUCAUAUUUCUAGUGUAACAUUUAACAGGUCCCCAGUGUCCAGUCUGGAGCGUGAAGUCACAAGCUCUGCUGGUUGGCUACUGCAUAGCAACCUAGUGGUGCCAAAAGCCCUGGUCUGCCCUAAAAAGCCUAUGUCAACGAUCGCCAGAACGGCCAAACAUAUAUAUUUUUACGCCUGUUUUGGACUCCAUUAUGUGUUUAUUAUGAUCAAGUUCAAUCCCGACUGUGAAUUAUUUAAAAGUUCUCUACAAAUCGAGAAAUUGUAUUAAAUAGUGAUCCAUUCUGACUGCUGCAUUUGUCGUCACACAGGAUCAGGUGCUGACACAGACCAAUCAGGGGCCAUAAAGCUACGAGCAGGCUCUCUCAGGCAGGAUGAAAACGACUACAUCGACCAUGAUCCUUUGCCAGUUACUGCCACUUUCACCAUGAUCCUUAGUGAUUCUUUGGCGCCAUUCAGCAAUAUGGUGCGCUUCAAAUUCAAAUAAUUCCAUCCGCCAUCGGGAGCUUUCAUAGGAAUACGUGGAUGACGUCAGCGCUAUCACCAUCUAUUGGUUUUAAUGUCUAUGGUUUCCUGGGCAAGGAUACUUUGGUGUAGCUGGAGGGGGACUGGUCCCAGUAUCCACUGUACGCUCAACAAGGAGACAAUGACAUGAGCAAGGAGACUGUGGUGUAGCUGGAUUGAAACCAGGCCAGAUAUCUCUAAGGAUACAAUGGUGUUGCUGUAAUGGGUCUGGGCCCAGUCCUCAUGCUGCUUCAACAAAGAUACAAGCUUAAUUUCUAUUAGAAUCAGGCCCCGUCUCUACACUUUUUUUUAACAAAGACUUGGAUCAAGGAGACAGCGAUGAAAAUGUUCUACCAAGGAACCUUCAGAGGACCAAACCUUUCUCUGCGAAGAAGACUUUUUAUAUUUAUAGACACCAGACUUUUGGAGACUUACUCAGUUGAACGUAACUAUUUUUCUAAAGACUGUUUUGUAAAAGAGUGAUGAGAUUAAUGACAAUGAAAUUGAUGUCCCACUCCCAAUUUAUGUUGGGCCCAGAGUUUUUCCCAAUGCUGUUCCCAGACUAUGAAAAAAAACUAUUGGACUCUUGUUUAGAAUGACUAGUUAUCGUUCACUUAACAAGCUUUGUUAGACCUGCAAACAUCUUAAAAGGACAUUUCACUCAAAUAAAAGUUUGUUAGAUAUUUUUAGCUAUAUUCCUCAAUGAUGAACACUGUCUAAUUGGUUUCCUGCUUCUAAACAACCAAUGUGGGACGUGGCUUCGUUUUUACAUUAGACUACUUUGAGGUUUGAAAACAUCUGACAAACUUUGAUUUGAAAGUGUAAUGUCCCUUUAAGUGACAUUUAAAAACAAUCUUUCCUGAGGACCACAAAGUCAGAAAUGCUGCUUUGAGGAUCGGUGGUGUUGCAAUGUCGUUAUUUAUACAAAUCUUUAGUACCACUUUAUACUAAGUUUGUCACUACAAACACGGUGGCUAAUUACUGUUGUAAUAUCACUACUAGAGUAACUUCAGCAUUACUACAUAGGUAUAAGAGACCAUUUUAUGUAAAGGGUUAUCCAUUGUUUUUUCCAGGCGCAGGCUAUACCAAACCACACCAACAAUAAACCAAACACUUACAUUAGUUAAG